AUGACUGGCGACGACGCGGGCUACGGCGACUUCGCGGCAUCCGAGGAUGAGAACUACGACGACUUUAUGGCGUCCGACGAGGACGUAAGCAUCGAGAUGGAGGACGAGACCGAGGACGAGGCCGAGAACGAGGGCGCUGCCGAGAACGAGACCGGAAGCAAGACCAGACAGGGCUCGGCAAGCCGCAGGGAUGAUAGCGGCGCCGAAAAUGGCGCUGGAAAACCCCAGGUGGAGAGCGGAGCCGCGGUCAUGGCUUCGGCUGCGCUGCAAGAGGCGAGACGCAUGGUGCAGGAACAGCGCUGGUACGAGGCCCGGUCCGCCUUGGACGGCGUGCUACAGAGCUCGACACUCGACCCGGAUCGCGCCUUUGGAGCGCGGCUCGAGCUGGUUCGGUGCUGCUACUUAAGCUGGGUCUCGCGCCAGGAAAACGCCGCGGGCCCCGCGGAGCUAACCGAGCACUCCGAGCUCCAAGAAGCCUGCGGCCACCUGCAGCAGCUGCAAGCGUAUGUCGACUGGCUCGAGCCGGAAGUUCUGGAUUCUGCUGUCUCGCGACUACUGGACCUCUUCGCGCCGCCGCUAAAGUCCAAGCUGCUCUUUGAAGGGCCUGCCGCCUCUGGUUUGGGGCCUCGAGCAGCGGUCACACUUCUUGAGUGCUGCGCGCCUCUUGCAAGGCACGAAUCCGCCCAGGAUCUACGAUCGCGCGUCCUGCAGCACCGGCUCGGCUUUAAUGACCCCCCGGGCGGGUCCCAGCGCCGCCAGAUGCUCGACGAGCUGGCCACCAUCUCUGGCGGCCGGCUGGACUCCCUUGAGUUCCUCAUAACGACACACGUGCAGCAAUUCCUGGCAGACCCACAAGGCCUCGACGUUCCCCAGCUCCAAAGCCUAGUGUCGCAUGCGUCGGCGCUGCUGCAGAGGUCUCUCACACAGCCCCUUCGCCUGCUUUCCCUGCUAAGCUUCUGCGAAGCGAUCAUCGCCCUCAACAACUACUGCUCGCCCCACGACCACGCCAAGCGCCUCUCUGAGUGCCAGACGGCCUUUUGGAACUGCUACAAGCACCUCGAAGAGCUUGGAGACCACUCGCGCUUCCGGGACCUCACUCUUUGUGCCUUCGUGCUCUCCAGCAUGCUCCUAACAGGCCAAGCGGCCAACGCGCAUCAAGCCAUCACGCCCUUCGAGCUCGAACAGAUCAAGGUCAUCGAGUCGACACCACUGGUGCAAGACUUGAAGCACAUUUACUCGGAUUUUGUAGGCUACAACUUGAGCGGAUUCGCCGACUCUCUGCGCAAAAUCAAGCAAUUCCACCUCCAGUUGGCUGGGCUUGUUGACGCCCUCAUACACCUGCUGCAAACGCGCAUGCUCUGGAACCGCGUCGCCAGGCUAUACUCCUGCAUCUCGCUGUCGGACAUCCGCGCGCAGCUGCAGAUAGGGGACUCUCCGCAGCUGUCGCGCAACGAUUUGCUCACUAUUCUGAUGAAGAGUAUCAUGAACGACACCGCGCAAGUCUACUUCAAGCUGGACCUUACGCACGACCUUGUCUACUUCGGAAAAGAGAAUCGUAGGCCCUUAUGCCCUCUUUCCAAGCACUUGUACCUUUCUGCGAAGUCCGAUGCUGUUACAAAGUCCCCUAAUACACCAUCCUGUAAUUCCUUGAAAGAAUGGGUUGACAACAUUGGCGUCUUCGAAACAAAGCCCCGCAGGCUGAAGGACAUGAGUGCUGUGCAGUUUGUCCACGAGCUGCAGCAGUCUCGAGAGUGUACUGCUGUGGCGGACUCAAGUGAUCAAGCGAAGCCUUUGAAGUACUCUCAGCUUCUUCAGUGCGUCCGCGAUGCGCUUAGCUAA